AUGAAGGAUGCCUUUUUCUCCUAUUUUCCAGGCUUCCAGCCUAACCCGUCUCUUCCUACGGCCGAAGAAUUUUCUCAACUGGUCAAAUUCGCAAGUACAGAGUUUGCGCAUUAUUAUGAGAUCAGCAAUAAACUCCAAAACUACCGGGCUCUCUGUCGGGAACUGCGGCUCGAGGGGCCUUUUACUAGCGUCACACAGUGCCGAAAGGCUCUUAUUAAAGUGCAUGUCAAUAUUUUUGGCCUAAUUGACUCUCGCCGCACAGGAGCGACUGUUCAAAGUUUUCCUAACCAAGCCGCGCUCAAGAAGUACACCAGAGGAACCCAAAAGAUAUUCCCUAAGCAAGCGGCCAAAACAGAUGGCUUCCUUAAAGAACUACUACGCAAAAUCUUCUGAUUAGGUACGACUGGCGGUACUAGUCCUUUUGAACUAAUGAUGGGAAUUUUGCUUCGAGGCUACAAGCUUGGGGCAUACUCUGU